AUGGUUGAACUACGGUUAUUGUGUGUCAUCAUUGCCGUCGCGGGAUGGAGCCCAAUACUAGCCGAAGGUGAAGCUUCUGUUCAAACUGCCACCAGUAGCCUCGUGAGAGUCCCGCGCACUAUCAAGAAAAAGCUUUGUUAUAAAUAUGGGAUUUGCGGUGGAUACGGCGGUGGUUUCGGUGGACACCAACAGGGUUAUGGUGGUUAUGGAGGAUAUGGAGGACAUCAGGGUGGGUACGGCCAGGGAUAUACUCCUAUAAACAUUGCCAUCAGCCAGUCACAGUCUUCAGCAAACGAAGGAGGCGGUGGUUACGGUAGUGGAUACUACCCAAACAACUAUCAAUAUAACGGGGGUUACCCUAAUAAUGGUUACCACGGUUACAAUAACUACGGAUACAAUAGAUACCCCAACCAAUUCUAUGGAGGUUACAGACCAGGUUUUGAUAAUGGAAAUUACGCCCACAACAAUCAAUUCAAUGGUAACUUUUACGCUGGUGAUUCUGAUGGAGGGUAUGGUUUUCAAGGCGGCUUUGGUUACCAAGGUAGUGAUGAUGGGUACGAUUAUGACGAAGGAGAACGAAGUGUGGGUGGAGCAAGUGCUCGAUCAAGUGCUGUGGCUAGUGCCAAGAGCUAG